GCGGCGGAAGUGGUCCGUCCUCUUCCUCUCCCGGCCCAAGCUUCUGGGUAUUUCUAUUGCGCGGAGCAUUGUGGGUUGCUCGCGGCCGGGUCUCUGAGAAGAGGGAGAGUGGCGGAACGCUGAAUAAGCUUCCAAAAUGAUGCCCACGCCAGUUAUACUGUUGAAAGAGGGGACUGAUAGCUCCCAAGGCAUCCCCCAGCUUGUGAGUAACAUCAGUGCCUGCCAGGUGAUUGCUGAGGCUGUAAGAACCACCUUGGGUCCUCGUGGCAUGGACAAGCUUAUUGUGGAUGGCAGAGGCAAAGCAACAAUUUCUAAUGAUGGGGCCACAAUUCUGAAACUUCUUGAUGUUGUCCAUCCUGCAGCAAAGACUUUGGUGGACAUUGCCAAAUCCCAAGAUGCUGAGGUGGGUGAUGGCACCACCUCAGUGACCUUGCUUGCUGCAGAGUUUCUGAAGCAGGUGAAACCCUAUGUGGAGGAAGGUUUACACCCCCAGAUCAUCAUUCGAGCUUUCCGCACAGCCACCCAGCUGGCAGUUAACAAGAUCAAAGAGAUUGCUGUGACUGUGAAGAAGGCAGAUAAAGUGGAGCAGAGGAAGCUGCUGGAGAAGUGUGCCAUGACUGCUCUGAGCUCCAAGCUGAUCUCCCAGCAGAAAGCUUUCUUUGCUAAGAUGGUGGUGGAUGCAGUGAUGAUGCUUGAUGAUUUGCUGCAGCUUAAAAUGAUUGGAAUCAAGAAGGUACAGGGUGGAGCCCUUGAGGAUUCUCAGCUGGUAGCUGGUGUUGCAUUCAAGAAGACUUUCUCUUAUGCUGGGUUUGAAAUGCAACCCAAAAAGUACCACAAUCCGAAGAUUGCCCUUUUGAAUGUUGAGCUUGAGUUGAAAGCUGAGAAAGAUAAUGCUGAGAUAAGAGUCCACACAGUUGAGGAUUAUCAGGCGAUUGUUGAUGCUGAGUGGAACAUUCUCUAUGACAAGUUAGAGAAGAUCUAUCAUUCUGGAGCCAAAGUUGUCUUGUCCAAAAAGGCUUUGGAGAUUAUCCCACGCCAGCUGUGUGACAAUGCCGGCUUUGAUGCCACAAACAUUCUCAACAAGCUACGGGCUCGGCAUGCCCAGGGGGGCACAUGGUAUGGGGUAGAUAUCAACAACGAGGACAUUGCUGACAACUUUGAGGCUUUCGUGUGGGAGCCAGCUAUGGUGCGGAUCUCCACCAGGAACUCGGACUUUGGCACCAAUAGUCACUCUGGGAAGGUCUCCUUCAGCUUAGCGCCUUAG